UCCAGAGUGCCGCGUAAAGACUUGAGACAGAGUUCAGACUUCAUUCAACAACAGCACUCCCGAUUAGUCGAGGAUAUGUUGGCAAAAUGCUGUCCCUGCUUCCACUGUCGGCCAAGCGUUCCAGAUGAAGGAGACAGACCACCAGGCUUCAGUAAGGUCAGCACCAGCCAGAACAUGGAAGAGAAGACCAACGAGGGCACUGGAGAGAAAGCAGACAGUUCUAAUAAGAGCACAGCGUGGACCAAAGAGUCUAAGCAAGAUGCGCUGGACAUGGGUGCUGAGGUGUUGAAGUUGGCAGCCGGUCCAGCCUCCUCCUUCGUCCCACCUGUGAAGGCCGUACUCAAGGUGCUGUUGGAUUUGCACACCAAAUACCAGGAGAACUCAAAGGGGUGUGCCAAACUACAGGAGCAUAUUGACUUCUUAAAUGGUGUCCAGAAAACACUCCAACAGCAGGACAACCUCCCAAUACAAAGCGAUAUGCUUAAAAAUCUUGAAGCUCAUCUGGAGGACAUACAAAAAGAAGCUGACGCCCUGAAGGAAGAACUGAGUUCCCCAGGACAUUGGGAAAAGAUCAAAAGAUUUUUGAAAGCCCGCACCACUCAGAAUGAGUUUAAGAAACUUAAUGAGAUGCUUCUCAAAGACUGCAGAGAACUCUCCCUAAAGCUCCAGCUGGAGCAAAGAGAAGUUAUUGGCAAGAUCGAUGCCACGACCAGUGCCACGGACGACAAGGUAGACAACAUGGCCAGCAAGCUGGAUGACUUGAAUGAGAAGUUUGAGAAGUUCACCGGUGCUGGGACCUCCACUCAACCUACACAGCAGCUUGGGACUCCUGGGGGACCUCCUGUGACACAGUCGAUGGCAGGGGCCGGGGGACCUCCAGUGACGAUGAUGAUGAUGAAGGGGGCUCCUGGGGGACCUUCAGUGACACAGACGAAUAGGGAUAAAGUGCGGCGAGCUCGAAAGGAACUCAACAAAAGGCUCCAGGAGACCACUCUCAAGCUUCUCAUAAAUGAUCUUCAACACCCAACAGAUGAAGGACCUGCGAUCCUCAACCCCCAAGAGAAAGACCAGGUUCUUCAGGCCAAUCAAACAACCUUCGAUCGGGUGACGUGUCUCGUGGACAUGGUGUGGAACAAGGGAGAGCAUGCUUGCAGGAUAUUCAUCGAUCUGCUCAAAGAAAAUGAACCCGGACUGUGUAACGAGCUCGGCCUGUGAACUCUUUAGAGUGUCUAACUGUGUUUUCAGACCUCACAUGUCAACAGCUGGAACCCAGUCUGUGUAACAAGCUCAACCUGUGAACUCUUUGAAGUGCCUAACUGAAAAACUCACCAAAAACCAGAACAUACCUGUACAACUUGACAACAACAGAGAGAACAAGGUGUUGACAUUGCACUUAGCUGCUGCUGCUUUUUCCCAACGCAACUUACAGUUAUUUUUAAGUAUAGGGUAUUGGUUACAGUCCCUGGAGCAG